AUGUCCGUCCACCGUACAUUCCACGUCGGCCGCCGCUUCCUCCACGUGACGUCACCCGGUCUGGCGCUCCACGGCCCGCCUCCCGGGGGCGCCGACUGGAGGACGCGCCAGUACGACAGCUCCUCAGACAACGACGAUAUCGCACCGGACGUGGCCGUUCAGCCUGCCUCCAUCGUGCUGCAGCCGGCCAAGUCCGGCGACCUGAGCUGUCGCGAGCUAGGUGGAUACCCGGGCCGCGGCGGCGCGCCGUACGGCGGCGAGAUGGCCGCCGUCCGGCCCGACCACCUGCACUACGCUUCCAAGCCCGUCUCGUCGGGCAUCUACCAGUCGCUGACGCGGCGCGGGCGCCGCGGGCCCGGCCACAAGCACGGCUCGCUCAGCUCGUCCGACAACAACUCCGACACGACUACGUACGCCGAGGGCGAGAUGCGCUCCAAGAUGGAGGCGCUGCAGAGCGGUCUGCACACGCCGCCGGAGCCUGCGCCGCCAGAGGUGCCCUCGCGCGGCCCCUCCUCGCACCAGGCGGUCCGCUCUCUGCAGCGACUGCAGUCCGGCUACGCGCCGGACACGGACGGCGCCUUGCCCAGCCCCUCAGAGUAUCGAUUGCCAGGAAGUCCAAGGUCACACAGGGGGCCGUCCCCCCUGCCCCUGCGCGGCUACAAUCCCAGCGACCCGGACAGCUACGCCAGCCUGAACGGAGCGCAGACCAGGCUGGUGAUGGACGGGCAGAAGGGCGGCGCCAGUGACACCGUCAUGCCGCUCGUCAUGCCCGUUUACCCGGUGCGCAACAACCUGUGCCACCACGUGGCGCCGCCGGCCUACUCGCCCGAGCGCAACCAGCUGAAGGAGGAGUGCCGCUACCGCUGCAGCUGGCGGCUGGCCACCGGCUGCCUGGCGCUGCUCUGUCUCCUCCUGCUGGCGCUCAUGGCCUACUUCGCAGCGACCGGUGGCAGUGCCGGCAGCGCGGAGCGGUCCCAGUGCGUCUACGUCGAGGACGCGGUGGUGAUGGCCCCGGACAGCACGAGACAUGUGGAAGCCAGCACCCUCCCAGCCGACCCAGCCCGUCCGCCGCCUCCUGGGGCAGCGGCCCCUCCGCCUCGCACGCCGCCGCCGCCGCCGCCCCCCGCCAGUCUGACCCUGGGCGCGCCCGUGGCGCACCGGGUGGCGCCGCGCGAGCUGUGGACCCUCGAGCACGACACCAUCCAGCCGCAGCUGGUGAACCUGAACCUGACGGCGCCGUGGUCGGCCAGCCUGGCGGUGUACGGCAGCCGGAACGUACCGCCGAGCGUGACGCAGCACGAGUUCGCGGCGUUCGUGCGGGGCGGCCGGGUGCAGCGCGGCCCGCGCGGCCUGGCGCGCUCUGUGCGCGCCCUGCCUGAGCACCCGGUCAACGUGACCGUGACCGAGUACCUGGAGCCCGGCCACUGGUACCUGGCCGUGCUGAACGACGACCCGGCGCCGGCCGAGGUGCGGCUGGUGCUGGCGGCCGGCGACGUGGCCACGCUCCGCUGCCCGGCCGACUGCUCCGGCCACGGCACCUGCCACCUGGGCGUCUGCGCGUGCGGCCCCGAGUACAGCGGCGACGACUGCGCCACCAGUGUGUGCCCGGUGCUGUGCAGCAACCACGGCACGUACGGCGGCGGCCGGUGCCACUGCGACGACGGCUGGAAGGGCGCCGAGUGCGACCUGCCCGCCACCGACUGCGUUAUCGCCGACUGCCACGGCCACGGCACCUGCCGCGUCGGCCAGUGCGUCUGCGCCCCCGGCUGGAAGGGCGAGUUCUGCCAGACCGCGGACUGCUCCGACCCGACCUGCUCCAACCACGGCGUGUGCUCGGAGGGCGUGUGCGUGUGCCUGGCCGGCUGGGUCGGCUCCAGCUGCCAGCUGCCGGACGAGCGGAUCCGCCGCUGCCUGCCCGACUGCUCCGGCCACGGCGUGUUCGACCUGGCGCGCGACCGCUGCCUCUGCGACCACAUGUGGACCGGCCGGCAGUGCGCCAAACCGCGGUGCGACCUGGACUGCGGCCCACAUGGCUCCUGUCAGGCCGGCGACUGCGUUUGCGACUCCGGCUGGACCGGCCAGCUCUGUGACCUCAGGUCAUGCGACCCGCGGUGCUCCCAACACGGCCAGUGCAAGAACGGAACCUGCGUCUGUCUGCAGGGUUGGAACGGUCAACACUGCAGCAUUCCCGGCUGCCCGGAUGGGUGUAGCGGCAGGGGCUCCUGCACCAUGCAGGACCAGUGGUACUCCUGCUCCUGCCACGACGGCUGGGACGGCACCAACUGCUCCAUCAAGCUGGAGAUGGACUGCCGCGACGGUGUCGACAAUGACGGAGACGGCAUGGUGGACUGCAGCGACUCGGAGUGCUGCUGGGACGCCAGCUGCGCGGCCAGCCUGAUGUGCCUGAUCUCGCCGGAGCCGGUCGGCGUGCUGCUCGGAAAGCAGCCCGCCCGCCAGACGGCCUCCUUCUACCAGCGCGUCAAGUUCCUCAUCGAGGAGAAGUCGGUGCAGGACUACGCCGAGAAAGACGAGUACAGCGAGAGUCGAUUCUGGAGUGCGUUCGAGCCGCGGCGCGUCUCGGUCAUUCGCGGCCGCCUGGUGUCCUCGCAAGGCCUGGCAUCGCCGGCGUCCGUGUCAGUGUCAACAGGGACACCAGGUUCGGCCUGACACUCAGCCGGAAGGACGGCUGGUUCGACUUCAUGGUGAACGGCGGCGGCGCGGUGAACCUGCAGUUCCAGCGGGCGCCGUUCCGGCCGAUGACCCGCGCUGUGGCCGCCGC